CUUACGGAUUGUUAUAUUUAUUUUUAUGACUUUCUAUAUCCCUUAUAUAAGAGUAUUAUUAAUUAAUUAUUGUUAUUAAAAUCUAUCUUAUACCUAUCAUUACUGAUUGAGAUGAUUUCGUAAAAAUGAAAUAGCUUGAUUUAUUUACUUUGUAAUAGUAUAACACUUAACCUAUAAAUUAAUUGUGAUUUCUUGUGAAUAUGAACUGAAUUUAAAUAAAUUAAAAAUGGUAACAAAAAUUACUGGGAAAAUAUGUGGUUUUGUAGGUUAUGCAUUACAAUGUGCUUGCAUUACUCACUGUACAUUUGAAUAUUUAGGAGAUUUUGUUAUGUGUUCUGGGCCAUCAAUGGAGCCAACAUUGGAGUCAAACAAUAUACUCUUUACAGAGCAUAUAUCUCCCAAAUUGCAGCGAUUACGUCGUGGUGAUAUUGUUAUAUCCAAAAGCCCUAAUAAUCCAAAACAAAAUAUAUGCAAAAGAAUAACGGGACUGCCUGGAGAUAAAGUCCGGGGCCACUUCCCCAAACGUAGUCAAAUUGUGCCAAGAGGCCAUGUGUGGUUAGAAGGUGACAAUUCUAGUAAUUCUGCUGAUUCCAGAGUAUAUGGUCCUGUACCACAAGGAUUGAUUCGCAGCAGAGUAGUGUGUUGUGUAUGGCCAUUAGAUAAAAUAGCAUCAUUGACUGAUUAUUAAAUGAUCUUGUUAAUAUUUAAUAGUUAAAUGUAAAUAAAAUA